CUAAUAAUUAAGCGAAACGCAAAAGCAAUGUUAGCUUACAUAUUUCGAGGAUUUUUCCUCAUAGGAAUUUUGAGUUGGUACAGUAUGAGUCUUUGGAAAAUGAUCGAUAGCUACUUUAAGGAUCAAUUCCAGCGCUACCUUGACGAAGAGUACGUGAGGAACCCGAAAAUGCGCGAAGAUAUCCAUUUGCACACCGCAGUCGAUAAGUUGGAUAAACUGAGUACCGACGCCCCCCACGAGCAAUGCAAUCAGCUUUUGAAUUGCACCGACGACGUCGGCUUAAUCGGUCAAACAGAACGCGAAUUGGGACCGCCAGACAACUCCAGCACAGAAGCAGGUGUUGAUGAAGGAGACCAGGAGAAGAAAGAAGAGGAUGAAAAGAGAGACGAGAGCCAGACGCCAUACUGCAUAAAGUGCGACGAAGACGACGACGCCGAGACUCCGAAGGAGCGAAACGAGCCGCCGCCAACGCCGCCAACGCCGCCAUCCAUCGCGAAAAAGAUUGAUGAUAAGGCGUUUGCAGCAGGUAGGGAAGAAACAGAGCAAUUAUCAUUAUUUGAUAAAACCGAAGAAAGCAAAAGAAACCAAAUGAAUGAAAGGGAUAAGGAAGAGCAAGAGCAGCAUCAAAAGUCAACAAAACGAAGAUGGAGCAAUGGAUUAGGCGUUGGCGCGAAGUCGGAGCGAACCACCAAUAGUAAUAAGAAACUCCGUCAAGGGAUGCACGUGAUAACCUUUAGGGACGAUAAGUUUAAGUCGGUCACGCGGAAACGAAGAGUCACGAAGGAUGAGGACGGCUGGGACUUUGCCGAGUUUCUCGACGAGGGCGACCGAGCGUUGCGGGACAAGGAGGAGGAGGAGGACGUAGAUGCGGGCAUUUCGCUGGCCGACUUGCCGUACAAACCACUGAUCGACGUUUACGAUUUACAGAGGUUCUCCCAGGAGGAAUUUUGUCCACUUACACUUGAGGAUGAUACUUCGUGCGAUGAGGCGCGAUCCUGGCCUUAACCCUUCACAUCCAUAACGCCUAUCGUUCGAACGAUAAUCAGUUUAGAGGAGCAAAAUUGUAAAGCUG